AUGCCCACCUUACACCUCAGUCCCGAGUUUGUAGCAACCCUGAAGAACGCCCUCGACGGGCCGACGGCGAGCAUCGCAAACGUUCGAACUGCCGUCAACCAGCUGCUGAUGAUUUGCGAAGAAGAAGAGGCCCUCAUGCAGCACGUGCACGAACCGCGAACACUUGCUGAGUGUUUUACGCGCUACGUCGUCCCGAGCUUCAAGACCAACCUGGGACAUCCAUCCACGAGCUGCAGUUUUUCAGCGGGGCCGAUAUCGCGUCAGCCGUCGGACCUGGCCAGCGCAAUGCAGCCUAUCUUCACCUCGCGCAAAGUCCGCGUACAAUACCUCCCAGACUUUCGUCGUCACCUCUUCCUGGAGUUCUGGAAGUACAUCCGGCCUAAUCCAGCGACCGCAACCGCCACAACCUCGUCUUCGCCUCUGAACCCAUCGACCGUCGCUGUGAGUCUUGACGAUGAUCAGCAGUCAUUGGGCGAGUACCAACGGGCUCUCGCCGCGUUUAUCAAGACGUAUUGGGAGUCGCACAUCCUUCUGCGCGAAGCCGACAUACAUCACGAAGAGGAAUUGACGGCGGCGUGCAGACCGCUCAUGGCUGAGCUCGUCAACCGCAUCCUCGGUUGCGUCGCAGCUUACAAUCCGGCGCAGCGCCACUCUAAGCCAUUUCCGCACUGGGUCGCACCGAAGUUAGAGCGUAUUCCUGGGAUAACGGACUGGGUAUGUUGUGAACGCGAGGUGCCGAAAGCGGUUAUGGAAUGGAAGUGGUUGAGCGACUCGUCCCUGGACGGAUUGGUGCUAGCCGCCAAAUCCCGGGAGUGGCUUGAAGACCCUGGCCGCCCACACGGUGGCUUUGAGUUCUCGGUACAAGGAGAGCGCCUCAAAUACGAAGCAAAGAAUCUGGACGAAAAUGCGUGCGAGGCAUGCCUGCAGGUGUAG